AUGGACACCCCAAAACUGGCCUCUGCCUAUACAUUGGCCCAAUUGACCAAGCAUCUGAACUACAUCGCUCUACCAGAUCAAUAUGCCCAGUAUAUCAACGAGCCAGAGUCAUUCCCCAAGACCGAAGAAGCACUGAAAGAUCUCUUCCGGUGCCAGAUCACUCGAUUCCCAUACGACAACCUGACGUGCCAUUACUCCGCUACCCAACAAGCAGAUGUCAACCCCGACAAGAUCUACACCAAAGUCAUCGGAAACGACGACACACCCCGCUCCUGUCGAGGAGGCUACUGCUUGGAAAUGGGCAUUUUCUUCCACCACAUUCUGCGUGGGCUAGGAUUCUCCGUGUACAUGACAGGUGGUCGGAGCCGGGAUCGGACAGACGGUAUACCACAAGGGGAUUUCAGGGGAUGUCCACACAUCGUCAACAUCGUCCGUCUGCCAAGCGGCGCACAGUAUCAUCUGGACGCAGCGUUCGGCGGAGACGGACCAACAAGUCCCCUACCGCUGAUCACGGGACAGAUAACGAAGAACCUGGGAUCACAGGAAUUGCGACUGGUUUACGACAAUAUGCCUAAGCAGACGCGCAAAGAGCAGAAGGUCUGGAUAUACCAAUAUCGCAAUGCUGCAGACAAGCCGUGGAAUUCUUUCUAUUCGUGUGCGGAACUGGAGUUUUUCCAGGAUGACUUUGAGUUCAUUCGAAACGGGGAGACGGCGGGAUUGCCGUUGUUAGAGGGUGAGGUGUUGGAGGAGAAGACAGAUGAUGUUUUUGUUGCCGGAAAGAUUAUGAUGGUUAACAAUGUCGUCAAAUUGAAUAUGGGUGGAAGGACAAGGAUCAUUGAUUCAUUUGAAACCGAGGAGGGGAGGUUUGAAGCGCUGAAGAAAUGGUUUUCUAUUUAUUUGUGA